CCCGGAGUUUGAAGGAAAUCUUGGCGCCGGCGCUACGUCAACCUCGAUGUGAUCAAUGAUAUCUCCGACUUCAUAACCGGGCGGUGUGAUACUCGACUCUACUCUCGCGCUCUACAACUCCCCACCGGUCACAGACCCCUUCGUUCAAGCAAACCACACACCACACCAUCCCCAGCAAGCAUCAGCUUUUGAGCUGGCCUCGUACGGCGCAUGACGGCCGGGAGCAAGCAUGGCGGCUUGGGGUGGCGAAGAAAGAGACGAUGAGUUUCAGUAUUUGUGGCAGGACUUGGGGAACGGAGUGGGAAAUUGGAACUUUGACGGUCUGUUUGAGGAUGCAUAUGACGGACUAGGCUGGGACGCGGACCUUCCAGCGACUGCCUCCCGAUCUCAACAACCCAACGCUCCUCCUCCUCACCACUCUCCUCCCUCCUCAUCCUCCGUCACCAACACACCUCACAAUUCUGCCUCUUGGCAGCGAGGCCCGCCACCAUCACACGAAGCACCUCGUCCUUCUCCCGGCCCCCAUUCCUCCACCUCGACUAUACCGCCCGGACGCCCGCUUUCUUCGCCUUUGCUAGGCAACAACGCCACGUCCCGCUCACACAACACCACGUUACACCAAACUUCACGGCCCACUGCUCAAGCAUCGGCUGCCAACCUAAGCAGCUUGCUCCAAGAACGCUCGCAAGAACUACAUCACAAUCGACAGACGAGCUCGUUUGGCUACAGCCCCGCAGCGUUUGCCCACUCGCCGUUCGACCCACCUGCCUCUCCUUCAUCAGCAUCCAGCUUCAACGGCAUCGAUAUUGACGAUUUGGUGGAAAGCGACAACGACAGUUUGUACGCCGCCAGCAUGCCAGCAACUUCUCGCAAUCGGCGAGCAAAUGAAGAGAGCGUUGUUGAUCUCACGGACGAAUCGGCAUCUGUGAAUGGGCAAGCACACAGUCGGGGUCAAAUGGCCGGUCGCAAACGCUCAGCCGCCAACGAUGGAGGGGUGCGAGCAAGCGCCAGCAAGCGCCGGCGCACAGCUCAGCCAACUACGGCUCAAGAGGAAGAAGGCGACAUCGAAUCCUACGACCUGACCAACGAUGACAAUCCGUCCACCGAGGAAUUGCUCCGGCGCAAACAACAAGAAUCCCUCAUCGCCACUCAACAGCAAUCCUCCGGCGACGACCCCUCACAGCCCCUCCGAAUCGGGCGCAGGCAAUGCAUCAUCUGCCUUGAACCCUUCACCAAUCUCACCAUCACUCCAUGCGGACACGUCUACUGCCAUGAGUGCUUGACGCAGGCGCUGAAAGCCGGGGAGAAGAACAGCGACCGCGGGGUGGGCAGCUGUCCCGUAUGCCGCAAGACGGUGAGCAGGAAGAGAGCGAACAACAUCAUUCCGGUGAGUUUCAUGAAGAGGUCGGCGUGGAAGGGAAAGCAGAAGAGGAGUUUGGAGCAAUUCCGGUAAAAGCAACGGCAAAGCAAGGCACGUCUGUGUGUCAGCGAGGCAGCGAGGCGUUUGUGAGAGCUGGUAUGCGUCCUGGGACCUGGACGAGACGUUUUAUGAUACCCACAUUCAAAUUUGCGGUGCUUUCCACUUGCGCAAAGUCCCGUUGUCAUCACUUUGCUCAAUCCCUGC